GACCCGGGUUGAGUAUAAACCCAAAAGCGCUCUCUCCUGUGUUUCCUUCCACUCUCUCUCUCUCUCUCUCUCUCAGUGAAGCGAGAUAAGAAGGGUUCGAUCGAUCCUGUUCUUCGUCUCUCCCCCGUAGAUCUAAGAUGGAGUAUCGUAGGAUUAAGGAGCAGGAUGACUAUGGCGAUAUAUCUCAAAAGGAUGUCGAAAGUCUUAAUGGAAAGCCUCUUGCUGGUGCUCUAACAUCUAGUAUACCCGCCUCUGGAGGUGGCUUAACCAAUAAAUCAAGUUGGAAGUUAAAGUCGGUUGUUACGCUUGCAUUGACACUAUUAACAAGUUCUCAAGCCAUAUUGAUUGUGUGGUCAAAAAGAGCUGGAAAGUAUGAAUACAGUGUGACAACGGCAAAUUUUUCAGUGGAGGCUUUAAAAUGUGCUUUGUCACUUGUAGCCCUUUUUCGGAUCUGGAAAACUCAAGGUGUAACAGAAGAUAACAGGUUAAGUGCGUCUUUCGAUGAAGUUAGUGUUUAUCCGAUCCCUGCAGUGCUCUAUCUUGUAAAGAAUUUACUGCAGUAUUACAUCUUUGCUUAUGUGGAUGCCCCAGCUUACCAGAUUCUAAAGAAUUUGAACAUCAUCAGCACUGGCGUCUUAUACCGAAUCAUUCUUAAAAAGAAGUUAAGUGAAAUCCAGUGGGCAGCAUUUAUUCUUCUAUGCGCUGGCUGCACAACUGCUCAGCUUAACCCCUCUUCUGAUCGCGUCCUUCAAACUCCUUUUCAAGGUUGGGUCAUGGCAAUUGUCAUGGCACUGUUAAGUGGCUUUGCUGGGGUAUACACAGAGGCUAUUAUGAAGAAGCGUCCUUCAAGAAAUAUCAAUGUGCAGAACUUUUGGCUCUAUAUCUUUGGAGUGCUUUUCAAUCUAAUUGCAAUUUGUGUUCAGGAUUAUGAUGCGGUCAUGAACAAAGGUUUCUUUCAUGGCUAUUCGUUCAUCACUGUCUUGAUGAUUCUGAACCAUGCGUUAAGCGGAAUUGCGGUAUCCAUGGUAAUGAAAUAUGCUGAUAAUAUUGUCAAGGUGUAUUCAACUUCAGUGGCGAUGCUGCUGACAGCAGUUGUAUCUGUCUUUCUGUUUGGUUUCCAUCUCUCCUUGGCGUUCUUUCUUGGAUCGACUGUCGUUUCUGUGUCAAUAUAUCUACACUCAAUCGGGAAGCCCCAGCCGCAAAAAUAAGCCUUCAACACGACUCAGAAGCUUGUUAAUCCGGCUGGCAUUUUCUGGUGUGGCCGACGCUCUGGGUCUAACAAAUAUGGUGAAAACACUUUUGUUAGUCGCAGAGAUUGGUUGAGUUUGACCAAAUGGGCUGGAAUGAAUAUGGAUUCGCGCUCCCUAUCAUUUUUCUUCCUGGAAGACGUUUCGGGUCAAUCUGGGUUCUUCAGUGCAGCUUCGACCAUUCUUCUGAAUUUUCCUUUUCUUUCUUCUGCUGUUUAUGGGGGGUGUUCUCUGUGUCUUUUUGUUUUACUAGGUUUUAUCGACAUUUCUGCUACUAACAACCGUAAAUUUUAGAAACAAACAAUUUGUAAAGAGUGAUGCUUCUAUAGGUCUGAAAAAGCACAACCAAAUGGGAAAAAAAAAAAAAAAUCAAAGCUUGAGCUAAA